AUGAUGAAGGUCCAUUGUGUACUCCUCCUCCUCAUCUCCUCAGCUGGGCUGGCCCGGGGCUAUGAGGACGAGACUCGCCUGGUGGAGCACUUGUUCAGUAACUACAACAAGGUGGUGCGGCCCGUGGAGGACCAUCGGGACGCCGUCGUCGUCACCGUGGGGCUGCAGCUCAUCCAGCUCAUUAGCGUGGAUGAAGUAAAUCAGAUUGUGACAACCAACGUACGCCUGAAACAGCAAUGGACAGACGUCAACCUCAGAUGGAAUCCAGAUGACUACGGUGGCGUAAAAAAAAUCCGCAUCCCCUCAGAUGAUAUCUGGCGGCCAGACCUUGUUCUUUACAACAAUGCAGACGGUGAUUUUGCCAUUGUAAAAUACACCAAAGUCCUUCUGGAGCACACAGGUCUGAUCACCUGGACACCACCAGCUAUUUUUAAGAGUUACUGUGAAAUUAUAGUCACGCACUUCCCAUUUGACCAGCAGAACUGCAGUAUGAAGUUGGGAACUUGGACAUAUGAUGGUACAAUGGUUGUUAUUAACCCGGAGAGUGAUCGCCCAGAUCUGAGUAACUUCAUGGAGAGUGGGGAGUGGGUGAUGAAGGAUUACCGUGGCUGGAAGCACUGGGUUUACUACGCUUGCUGCCCUGACACCCCUUACCUGGACAUCACCUACCACUUCCUCAUGCAACGCCUGCCUCUCUACUUCAUUGUCAACGUCAUCAUCCCCUGCCUGCUCUUCUCCUUUUUAACAGGGUUAGUUUUUUACCUACCCACAGAUUCAGGUGAGAAAAUGACCCUCAGCAUCUCUGUCCUGCUGUCUUUGACUGUGUUCCUGCUGGUCAUCGUGGAGCUGAUUCCCUCCACCUCCAGCGCAGUGCCUCUGAUUGGCAAGUACAUGCUGUUCACCAUGGUGUUUGUCAUCGCUUCGAUCAUCAUCACCGUCAUCGUCAUCAACACCCACCACCGCUCCCCGAGCACGCACACCAUGCCCCACUGGGUCAGGAAGAUCUUUAUUGACACAAUCCCAAAUGUCAUGUUUUUCUCUACAAUGAAACGACCAUCAAGAGACAAACAAGACAAAAAUAUUUUUGCAGAAGAUAUUGAUAUUUCGGACAUUUCUGGAAAGUCAGGUUCUGUGCCUGUCAACUUCUACUCCCCACUUACCAAAAAUCCAGACGUGAAAAACGCUAUAGAGGGAAUCAAAUACAUUGCAGAAACGAUGAAAUCGGACCAAGAAGCCAGCAAUGCUGCAGAAGAAUGGAAGUUUGUUGCAAUGGUGCUUGAUCAUCUCCUCCUUGGCAUAUUUAUGCUAGUUUGUUUUAUAGGAACAUUAGCUGUAUUUGCUGGUCGCCUUAUUGAAUUAAAUCAGCAAGGAUGAAUGUCAGCUGGAGACUAUUUGCUACCCUGAACAUCUGAAAGCAUCCUAACCAUCAAAAUCUGGCCAGUCUCUGAAAGGUUCACUGACAGGAAUCAGUAACAGCUGGGAAAGAACAGGGAUAAUAAAACGUAAGGCUCCAUACUUCACACUUCUGAGGUGCUGCUCAGUAGCAUUUAAUUGCCAAAAAGAAACACUUGCAUUACUGGUAAACUUGAAUGGCUGUCAGCCAGGUUUUGAUCCAUUUUACCCUUUAUUAAAAAUAUUAAUGUAUUAAUAAGACUGUCUGACUUUGUAAGCAACAGAUAUUUUCCCAGUGAAGUCAAUAGCAGUGUAAUAAGCUUUAGCUGAGCUGUAAAUCUGUAUCUAGCUUUGGCAUUCAAGCUGGUUUUAAUAUCUGCUCUGUGGCUUUUGUAUUAGCAAGGUCACUCCUCUGAUAACACUAGAUAUAACUGUCAGAAAUAUCUCAAACUCCAUG